UUGUCUUUUGGAGGAGGUCCCCGGAGGGGGUGGAGGGGGUGGAGGGGGUGGAGAACGGACCGGAAGUGACGCCUGUGAGUUCCGGUUGGCCGGACCCCAGCGGCGGGUGUGAGAGGCGGUCUCGAGCCGCUUGCAGGAUCCUGAGAUCCGGAGAAGCCGGGGUCAGAGCGGGUAGCUCCUCAAGAGUUAUUGAUCUAUGAAAUGGCAGAGAAUGGAAAAAAUUGUGACCAGAGACGUGUAGCAAUGAACAAGGAACAAUAUAAUGGAAGCUUCACAGACCCCUCUUCAAUGAAUGAAAAGAAGAGGAGGGAUCGGGAAGAAAGGCAGAAUAUUGUCCUAUGGAGACAGCCACUCAUUACCUUGAAGUAUUUUUCUCUGGAAAUCCUAGUAAUCUUGAAGGAAUGGACCUCAAAAUUAUGGCAUCGUCAAAGCAUUGUGGUGUCUUUUUUACUGCUGCUUGCUGUACUUAUAGCUACGUAUUAUGUUGAAGGAGCACAUCAACAGUAUGUGCAACGUAUAGAGAAACAAUUUCUUUUGUAUGCCUACUGGAUAGGCUUAGGAAUUUUGUCUUCUGUUGGGCUUGGAACAGGGCUGCACACCUUCCUCCUUUAUCUGGGUCCACAUAUAGCUUCAGUUACAUUAGCUGCUUAUGAAUGCAAUUCAGUUAAUUUCCCUGAACCACCCUAUCCUGAUCAGAUUAUUUGUCCAGAUGAAGAGGGCAUUGAAGGAACCAUUUCUUUGUGGAGCAUCAUCUCAAAAGUUAGGAUUGAGGCCUGCAUGUGGGGUAUCGGUACAGCAAUUGGAGAGCUGCCUCCAUAUUUCAUGGCCAGGGCAGCUCGCCUUUCAGGUGCCGAACCAGAUGAUGAAGAGUAUCAGGAAUUCGAAGAAAUGCUGGAACACGCAGAGACUGCACAAGACUUUGCUUCCCGGGCUAAACUGGCAGUUCAAAACCUAGUACAGAAAGUUGGAUUUUUUGGAAUUUUGGCCUGUGCUUCAAUUCCAAAUCCUCUAUUUGAUCUGGCUGGAAUAACAUGUGGACACUUUCUUGUACCUUUUUGGACUUUCUUUGGUGCAACUCUGAUUGGAAAAGCAAUAAUUAAAAUGCAUAUCCAGAAAAUCUUCGUUAUAAUAACAUUCAGCAAACACAUAGUGGAGCAGAUGGUGGCUUUCAUUGGUGCUGUCCCCGGCGUAGGUCCAUCUCUGCAGAAGCCAUUCCAGGAGUACCUGGAGGCCCAGCGGCAGAAGCUUCACCACAAAAGUGAAAUGGGCACACCACAGGGAGAAAACUGGUUAUCCUGGCUGUUUGAGAAGUUGGUGGUUGUAAUGGUGUGCUACUUCAUCCUGUCCAUCAUUAACUCCAUGGCACAAAGUUAUGCCAAACGAAUGCAGCAGCGGUUGAACUCAGAGGAGAAAACUAAAUAAGCAGGAAAAGGUUUUAAUGGCAGAAGUUAGAAUGGAUGGGUUCUGCCUUAAAUUGGGAGGACUCCAAACCAAGAAGGAAAAUUCCCUUUUCCAACCUCUAUCAAUUUUAAAUUUUUUUUCCCCUGAAAGCAGUUUAGUCCAUAUUUUGCACUGACAUACUUUUCCUUUGUGUGUUAAGGUAAGGUAUCCACCCUCAAUUCAAUCCAGCUUGUAUUUUAUUAGGGUGGAAUGUGAUGUUCAGCAGCAAACUUAACAGAAACUGUCCUUUUCUUUGUUACCUUCAAAAGGCCCACGUGGCACAGUUAAAGAAUCCCGGGCACCAAAAAAAAGUUCCUAAGUAUGUUGAAUAGUCAAGCCAUUUAGGCUUGUCAGAAAUGACUCCUUUGUUUUUCUAAGUCAUUAAAAUGUAUAUAAAUUAUACUAGAUUGGAUGACAGUCUUGCAUGUCUAUCAUGGUAAAAUUUAAUAUGCUAUCCUGCCCACCCCUUCCUCUCCUACCUUUAAAAAAAAAAGGCCAUUUUAUGAUGCGUUGCACACCCUCUUGGGAAACUGAUCUUUAAAUUUUGAGACAGUAUAAGAAAAUUCUGGUUGGUGUCUCACGAAUAAGUUGACACCAUUUUUUAUUCUGUAUAUUUAGAAUGAAGUCAUGAACAAACUUUAUAAAGACAUCUUUGAUCAUUCCAAAAUUGUGUCCGUUUUCUUGAGCGUUUUGAUUUUUUUGCUUCAUUUUAGCUACUACCACCUACUGGUCAGCCUUGCCGAAUCCGCCCACAACCAUAAUUUCUUAAGCCUUCAUGUAUUCGCACAUAAGAGCCACAACCAAGGCACUUUUUUGUUAGGCUGGAAUUGGGCGGCUUGCUACCCAUUGCUGAAAGAGCAGCUUAGGGAUUUGCAUAGCGAGGGGUUUGUGAAAACAGGAGGAAUGAAAGUAUACAAAUUACAGGGCAGUGAAGAUAGAAUAACUUUUGUUUGUUUAAAAAAAAAAACACUUUCUCAUAUCUGUGUUAAUUUUAGCUCAGCAUGUACUCUGGUUUUGACAAAUUUUACUUUUUUAUGUAACCUAAUUUUCUUGCCUUUCUUCAAUAAGUGUUACGUUCUUUUGGGAUGUUUCUGAUUGAACUUGGUCACUUUGUUUUGCUUGGGAGGAAAAUAAACAGUUUCUCUUUUUUCUUUAGGAAGAUUGUUUCUGGCAUUAUGUUAAGAGUAGAAUUGGGUUUAAAUUGCAACAGGCCAGAAAUGCCUGAUUGUUUUAUAAAAUCCUUCCUGAAUGUCUGCUUAUUUUUGCCUACCGUCGUGACAUCUUCAUGGCUGUACCACCUUGUCGGGUAGCUUAUCAGACUGAUGUUGACUGUUGAAUGUCAUGGCAACAGCAGUCGAUGGGCUGUCUGACAUUUUGGUAUCUUUCAUCUGACCAUCCAUAUCAAAUAUUCCCAUUUAAACAUUACCUAGCCUCAUGGUUUAUGAUCAGAAACUGUGGUCCUUAUGUCUAGUGGCACUUUGAAUCUUUUAUGCCAUGAUAUUGCAGCAUUGAGAAGAUUUUAUGGAAAAUUGGGAUGGUCUCCAUGACCACAGCUAAAUAUAGAACAACCAACCUGUCUUGUAGGUUUUGAAAAGGUUAACAAUCUUUUUUUCUGCCCAGGGACCUUCUGGCAAGGUGAUUGAUCCUUUAUUUGGAAAGCAGUACCCCGAUACUCUAUUUUAGAGAGAUUCAUGUUAACCAACAAAAUUUUUUACACUCAUUAGGGUUAUCAUGAAUUGCAAGUUACCUUCCAGUUGGGUUUCAUGUCUUUCACCUGCAUUUUAUUUGGUGUUUGAAGAAAGGAAAGAGGAAAUCAAAUAUGAAUUGUACUAUUUGUACUAAAUUUUUAGGAUUUAUUGGUAAAUUUGUUUCAGAGUAAGGUAUUAGAAAAAGAAAAAUGCUUCUUAGAGUGACGAUCUAAGUAAUUAAUACAUUUGACGUAGGAUGAUGGUUGGUUCACUUUCAAAUGAAUUUACUUGGAAAACAAAAGAGCAGCUGUCCUCCUUCCCUCUGCUAAGUGUCCAGGUGUGGCAUGCUCAGAUGGUCCUGCUGGAUUCCACUGGGGCAGAAUGGCACCCUCUGUUCCAGUGGUUGGUUUGUUCCUUUCUUAUAUCCACCAAAGUGGACACAACAACUACGUGAUCCCAAAAACAAACCUAGUUGAUUCCAGGUGAUGGAAGACCAGAAAAUGUGUAAGUGGAUGGUUUGCUGUUACUGCAAAUAAAAAAAAGGGCCUGGGAAUUCUAAUUCA